AUGAAGCUGCUUCUUUCUCUGACUCUCAUCUGGGCGCUCUCCAGCACAGGUGAAGCACUUGAGUGUGAAACUUGCACAAAUGCUAACUGUUCAACCACAGCAGCAGUUACAUGUCCCACAGGCACGAUGUGUAUCACAGCUUCCAUUCAAGCCGUUUCAUCUGGGACUACUGGACAGCAAAUCUACAAGGCCUGUGCACCCCCCUCCCUGUGUCCAUCCACAGGCUCUCAGACAUUUUCAGUAAACUUGGGUGUUUCGAGUUCACUUGCAAGUGCUACAUGCUGCAGCACAGACAACUGCAACUCCGUCACUCUGCCUUUCCCUGCGGUUCCAGCAGAUAACAGUCUACAGUGUCACGUUUGUGACCCCAUCACCUCUGAUUGCAGCCGUUCAAUACAAUGUAAGGGAACAGAGGAUCGCUGCUUUCAAGCCAGUGUGACAAAUGGGGCCGUCACCUCUCCAGCCUUUGGCUGUGCAUCUUUAAAUCUGUGUGCAGCUGCUACUUUCCUGGGGCCACUGCCUUUCAUGCAAGAUGUUGGUAGCAUUACCAGUGUACCAGCCUGUUGUGGGACUAGUUUGUGUAACACUCUCACAACAACAACAACAACAACAACAACAACCACGACCCCAACAACAACCACGACCCCAACAACAACAACCACGACCCCAACAACAACACGCUACCCCAACAUCAACAACUACUGCACCAACAACUACUGCUCCAACAACAACAACUACUGCAACGUUCCAGCAGAUAACAGUCUACAGUGUCCGCGUUUGUUGCGCAUCACCUCCACAGUUGCGGCCUUCCAAAACAAUGUAGGGAGCAGAGGGAUCGCUGCUUUUCAAGCCGGUGACAACAACCACUACCAACUACGACCAAUACCAGAACCCCAGCUACAGCAACCAGCAUUAGCGACAAUAACUACUAGCGACAACAGCCCCAUCGACCAGCUACCGCUGCCCCAGCGACAGCUGCCACUGCCCAGCAGCCACUGCCCCAACUGGCAAGCCACUGCCCAGCUUAACAGCUACUGCCCCAACUACAACAACCCGCGAUCCCAACUACGUCUGCGACCCCAGCGACAGCAACCACUACCCCAGCUUCUACCAACUACCUGCCCCAGCACUACAAGCAGCCACAGCUACAACAGCCACGACCCCAGCGACAGCAGCCGCUGCCCCAACUGUAGCCAGGCUGAGCAAGCCUGCCCCAGCUACGUUAGCCAUGAAUACAGCGACCACAGCAACAGCCCAGUCGACAGCUGCCGCGCCCAGCUACGGCAACCGACUGGCGACCAGCAGCCGCUGCUGACUCGACCAGCCACCAGGCCCCAGCUACAGCAAUAG